AUGAAAGAAGUGAUUGUAUCUCCGACCUUCCCUGAGGUAACCGCUCGUAUACAAGAUGGACCGAUGCCUGGCAUUGGUCCCGACGAGAUAUUGGUCAAGGUGGUUGUUGCAGCCAGCAACCCUAAAGAUUACAGGCAUUUGUAUAUAACAAACAAAUCCGUAAACAGCGGCGACGAUGUCGCCGGAUACGUGAGCGCUAUAGGCGAGGACGUCAAAAGAAUGGGGGAGUUCCGUAUUGGUGACCGUGUGGCGGGKUUUCACAAGAUGCUAAUGCCAGGAGGAGCAUAUGCCGAGUUUGCGGUUGUUCCGGCCCAUACGGCGUUUCUCAUUCCCGACAAUAUCUCAUUUGAGGAAGCUUCAACGAUUCCUCUCACGAUCUUGGCCGCGGCUCUACCUUUGUUUCGCCGCCAAAAUCUCCCAGCACCGUGGAUGGGCCAUUCUAGAAACGCAGAGCCAUUGCCGUUGAUUGUAUACGGCGCUUCCUCUGCACUGGGCACCUUCGCAAUCAAACUGGCAUCACUUGCAAAUAUCCAUCCAAUCAUCGCAAUAUGUGGUGCCACAAGGUCUGGAUUGACUCCUCUUCUCAAACCAGAGCUGGGAGACAGGAUCAUCGACUAUCGUGUAGGAGCCGAUGCAAUGAAGGCAGCGGUAAAGGAAGCACUGAAGGGCCUCACUGCAUACCAUGCUCUCGAUGCGAUUUGUGAAAACGAAUCCUGGAUCCCAAUUUCCCAACUGCUGGGUCACGGGGGUCAUCUAUCUGUUGUACAAGGAGGUCCCCCUGACAAAUAUAAACAUCCCAGCAUCCCGGCCAAUGUCGAGAUUGGUUAUAGCUAUGUAGGAUCAUCGCAUUAUGGAUCCUUUGUUCCCACGAUGCCCAACCAACCUGCGGACAAAGACUUGGUGGUUAAGGAUAUCGACUUUGCAUAUGUGCUUAUGCGGUAUGUGGCGCGAGAAUUGGCCAGGGGCAAUCUUUCCGGCCAUCCAUGGGAGCUUAUACCUGGAGGACUCGAAGGUGUACAGAGUGGCCUUCGGAAGUUACAACGUGGUGAAGCCAAAGGUGUGAAGUAUAUAUACCGAAUCGCAGAGACGAGCGGACUCAUACCCUAG